CUGAUAGAUGGCACUGAUUGGCAUUGAUAGGUGGCACUGACUGGCGACAUUGAAAGGCAGUUCAGAUGGGCACUGAUAUGUGGCAUUGAUGUGCACUGAUAUGCACUGAUAUGUGGCAUUGCUGCGGCACUGAUGGGCACUGGCACGUGGCACUGAUGAGCACUGACAGGUGGCACUUCUGGGGCCACACUGAUCAUCAGGGCACAUUGAUCAUCAGUGCCCUGAAGAUCUGUCUGUCAGCGUGACAGCUCGAGAGGAGAGAAAUACAGAUAACCGGCAUUUCCGUGUUUACAUGUG